AGGGACACUUCUGAUACUUUGAAAGUGGGAUGUGUGGUUUUUUUUUCAUGCAGGAAAAGAACAUGUGAAAGUAUUUUUUACUGCAAACAACCUGAAACACCAGACACAAGGAUGUCUUGGCCUGCUCUGUACGCUCAGCUGGUCGGGGCCAACCAUCACUCCACCUCCCUGGGUAAAAUCUGGCUCUCUGUGCUGUUUAUUUUCCGAGUCAUGGUGCUGGUUGUAGCUGCAGAGAGCGUCUGGGGGGAUGAGCAGACUGACUUCGUCUGCAACACACUUCAGCUGGUCUUUGUGUCCACUCCAACACUGCUGGUUGCCAUGUAUGUGGCCUAUCGUAAGCAUAACGACAAGAAGAGGCUCCUCCAGAGUUCUAGCAAGGCUGCUUUCCUCAGCAGCAAGAGCCAAGAGGAGGAGCUGGAGAUCCUGAAGAAGCAGAGAAUGCCGAUCACCGGCGCCCUCUGGUGGACGUACUUCUGCAGCCUGGUGGUCAGGCUGCUGUUUGAAGGUGGAUUCAUGUACGCCCUGUACGUAGUGUACGACGGUUUCCAGAUGCCGCGGCUGGUGCAGUGCGACCAGUGGCCGUGUCCUAACCUGGUGGACUGUUUCAUCUCACGCCCGACAGAGAAAACCAUCUUCACCGUUUUCAUGGCCACCGCCUCUUCUAUCUGCAUGGUCCUAAACAUGGCAGAACUCGCAUAUCUUGUCGCCAAGGCUGUGACUAGGUAGAGGUAUUAAUCAGUC